CGAAAAUCGACUUUUAGAUUACUAGUAUAACGCAAUAACGCAAGCAAGGAUUUUUUUCCAAAGUAUCAAAAGUGUCGAGCAACCUAUAACAAAUCGUGCAAACAUCUUUUUGUGUUUUCUGAAAAUUGCUCCAUUUUUGGAUUAGUAGACUUGCUUUGAGAGUGAGGUUUCUUCAGUGUGAUUUUUUUCUGCAGCAACAAGGACAUCAUCACAUUGCCAGAAGGAGACGUCAUAUCCGUUUCCUUUGUGUGUUGCUUCUGUCUGCACUGUCAAUUGUAAAUUGCAGCAAGAUUUGUUCGAGUGAGCGUUUGUUUGUGGUGAAAACAAAGAAAACUAUCAAGGACAUCUUUGUUUUGCCCAUAGAGAGACAACAAACAAGCGCAACCACCACCACCACCAGCACCAUCACUUAUAACAUCAAACAUCAUGAGUACGGCAGCAGCUUUAAGCGCAGCUACAUCAUCAACAGCUUUAACACAAUUGCUGCAACCAUCAGCUUCAACUUCAACAGAGGCUUCAUCAUCAGCAACAGUCUCAACAAUAAAAAAUCGUACUGCUGAACUUGGAGAUGAUGUUGGCUCGUCAUCAUCUUUGCAACUCCUGCCCACAUCUUCCGCCAUUUGUCGUUAUUUUCAGCGCGGCAUGUGUCGCUUCGGUUCAAUGUGCCGAUUUUCUCACGAUCUAUCAGGUGGUGAGGUAAUCAGUUCAACAACAAAUACUGGGUCUACACCCCUAAACAAUGAACGUCCUAGCACUAGCCGUCGCAAUUGGGCAAAUGCUCCGGCAUUUAUACCAGCAGCUGAACAUGCCAGUGGGGAGACACUUGAAGCCACCACCAAUCACUCGUGGGCUGAUGUAGUUUUUGGCCCUGGUGCGCGAAGUAUGCCUCAGUAUCCAACUGGCCUACAUGAGAUGGGUAGCAUUGACGAAGAAUGCCCCUUCGAAAGUCCCUGUCCCUAUGGCAUGUAUUGUGCCUAUGCCAUUCACAUGGAACUUUGUGAAAUGUGUGAUCAAUUCUGUCUUCAUCCCAACGAUGAGGAGCAGCGCAAGAAACAUAAAAAGGAAUGCUUGCAACAACAUGAGCAGGCCAUGGAGCUUUCCUUUGCCGUUGCACGUUCAAUGGACAAGACUUGUGGCAUAUGUUUUGACACUAUAAUGGAAAAAGCGGGUAGGGAAAAGCGCUUUGGCAUACUGCCGAAUUGCAAUCACAUUUUUUGCUUGGAAUGUAUACGAAAAUGGCGUCAAGCUAAACAAUUUGAACAUAAAAUAACAAGAUCCUGCCCCGAAUGUCGUGUUUCAUCAGAUUUCGUUUGUCCUAGUGCCUUUUGGGUUGAGACCAAAGAGGAAAAAGAUAAACUCCUGGGAGAUUAUCGUAAAGCUCUUGGUAUCAAAGACUGCAAGUACUUUAAAAAUGGUGAUGGCAAAUGUCCUUUUGGUAACAAGUGUUUUUAUAAGCAUGCUUUGCCUAGCGGUGAACUAGUGGAUGUUGGCUGUCCCAAAAAAGCUCGUAAAAUCCACCGCAGUAAUAAUGAAAUCAUUAAUUUACUUGAUAUCUAUCUGUAUGAAUUUCUUGAUCAGCGUAAUUUGAAUUUCCUUGAUUUUUUCACAAGAAAUGGUGAUGAAAGCGAUGAUUCUUCUGAUGAUGAUUACAAUUAAAUCAAGAAACCAACACACACAUACACACAAAAAGAAAAAAAAACGAGAAAACAAGGUUUUUAUAACACUCAUUCAAACACACACACACACAUAGAUACAUUUAAUCAAACAAACAAUAAUUAAAAUGUAUGUGUAUAUUUUUAAAAGGCGAUCAAUAGGAUUUCUUUAUGCUGCCCAUAAAGAAUUCCCUAAGAAAGUAAUGCAGAAAAGCAUAUAAACACACACACACACUACAAGCGUUACAAAAAAGCCAACCUUCACUCACACUCAUAUUAUCAAAAACAAACAAAGAAACAAACUAAUAAGCAAAAAAAAAGCAAAGUAUUCAAAAGUACCAAGUAAUAUUCAUGCAAUAAGCAGAUGAAAACUUAAAAAGGCAAAAAAAUUGAACAAACUAAAUAUAACCAAAAAAUAUUUUUAAAAGCUUGGAUGUUUAAACCACUAGCAGUAGCUGGUGGAGAAAAGAAAAAACUUAAAACUUCCCCCUCAGCUUAAUCAAAGCGAAAUAAAGCUUUCCUAACAAAAAUACGAAUCCUUGGAGAGGAUAUAGAAAUUUAAAUGAAAGAAGAAAAACUAUAAACAAAAGAAAAAAAUUAAAUAUAUAUGUGUAUAGAAUGUAAACACCAAGAACAUAAGAAGAGAAAAACCAAAAAAAAAAGAAUAACAA